GGCAGCCUGGUCUGGCUUGGCAAACGCACCAGCACGGCCACAUUCGUGACAAGCGGCGGCCAAACGACCGUCGCAUCGCUGGUCUCUCGUAUCUGUGCGCUCGUGCGUGCGGCGCCAGCAUCGCUUAGCCUCCUAUCACUGAGAUCACUCUGAGCUGGUGUAAGCAGUGCGCUGGCAUUUGACGUUCGCGGGCGCAUCGCUCCAAGCGGUGCGCGGUCAUGGCAGCUCAGUUCCUCCCCGCGUCGCUGCAAGAGCGCCUGCGCCCGCAGCACGGCGCGACGCUGCCGGCGCCGCGCGACGCCGGCGCGCACGUGCUGUACUGCAUGCGGACGGCGUACCGUAGCGCCGCGAACCCGUCGUUGGAAACGGCACUGCGCGCCGCCAACGAGCUGCGCGUGCCGUUGCUCUGCCUCGCCGUGCUCGAGGACUCGUUUCCGGCUGGGCUAAGUCGCAUAGGCAUGCGGCCCACAGAUCGCGCCACAGCCUUCCGGCUCGAAGCGCUGCGCGAGCUGCAGCCGGAGAUCGCGGCGCGCGGGUCGGUCCUGCUGGUGCAUGUGGAGCGCGACGGCUCCCGCCAGGCGGCCGCCCAGUCCCUCGCCGCGCGGGCUCGACUGGUCAUCGUCGACGAGCACCGGCGUCGAGCCGCACAUGUCGUUCGCGGACAAGGUGCGGCGAACGGGCGCGCCGACCUGGUUGUGCGACUGCGCCUGCACCGUGCCGUCUAGGACGCUGCCGGCGCGGCGCGCCGUGGGCGGCAACGCGGGGUUUCUGCGCGCGACGCGCGACGCGCGCCGCGCGCGGCUCGCCGCGACGCCGCUCGCGCCGGCGCGUGCCUCGGCAGCGCCGCCCCCCGCCGCCGACGUGGCACCUCGACCUCUCCGGCGAGGCCGCGGUCGACGAGGUGCUGGCGGCGCCGAGCCGGCGGGACACCUCUGUGGGACGAGUGGCGCGGACGCGCGGCGGGCCGCGGGCCGCGGUCGCGCGCUGGGAGGCCUGGGUCGCAAACGACGGCCUCGCGGGCUACGCGAAGAGGAGGAAUGAUCCUUUGGACGUCUGUGGCUCCAGUCGUGCGGUUCCGGAGUCUGACCAUUCGCCUCCACGCCAUCGACGCGAUUUGAUACACGUGUCCACUGCACGCCAUCGACGUGAUGUCUGCUCGACGCAGGCAUGAGCGCGUACGUCAACUGCGGCAUGAUCGACCCGCUCCGCAUGGCGCGCGAUGGCGCGCGCGUCUCGGAGAAGUUCGUGAGCGAGUUUUGCGGUUUCCGCGAGAGCGCGCAUUUGUGGUGCCUGCGGAACCCCGGCGCGUACUUGGACGCGUCGCGGGCCGUGCCGGCGUGGGCCCGGAACCAGCUGCGGGCGACCGACCCGGCCCCAGAUGUGGAGGCUUUAGCUCGGGGCGCGUCGGGCGACGCCUACUGGGACGACUGCCAGAAGUGCCUCGUGCUCUCGGGCGAGUUGCACAACAACGUGCGCAUGGCCUGGGGCAAGGCCAUCCCCGCGUGGCACGGAGCCGUCUUGAACGGCCAAGAAGCGACGCCGGCGACGCGCCUCCAGGCCGCGCUCGAUCUACUCGUGCGAUUGAACGACACGUACGCGCUCGACGGUGGUGCGCCGCCCUCGUACGGUGGACUUCUGUGGUGUUUGGGUUGGCGCGACCGGCCCGGCGCCGGCGGCUGCCCCAAGCUGCGACCGACUAGCGUUAUCGGCCGGCGCGGCGUGAAACCUGGCGACCUCGAGCGCCUCGCCCGCGUCCGCGUCGACGGCUCCGAGCCGGCCAAGAAGCGCCAGCGGACCAUGGAGAGCUUCCUCUCCUCGCCCAAGUCUGUUGUUGGAUAA